GCGACCUGCUCGUGAACUCCGAUAAAUCAGUUGAGCAAACAACUAUCACUCCAUAUCUAAGAGUCACCCAGUUUAGAGCUCCGCAGUUGAGCAGAGGUCACUCAUGAAACCAGACGAAAUCCAAGUGAAGGAGGAAGAUUCGCAUCCACGGAAGUUCAUCAAUCCAAGCCCAAGAAUGCCAAACAUCAAAGUUUUUACCGGGACCUCGCAUCCAGAACUAGCAAAGAAAAUCGUCGGCAGACUCGGGAUCGACCUGGGCAAAGCUACGACGAAAACGUUUAGCAACAAGGAAACCAGCGUCGAGAUAGGAGUGUCUGUUAGAGGCGAAGAUGUAUACAUUGUCCAAAGUGGGUGUGGUGACAUCAACGAUAACCUCAUGGAGCUCUUUAUCAUGAUCAACGCCUGCAAAAUUGCGUCAGCCUUUAGAGUAACAGCAGUUAUACCAUGUUUCCCUUAUUCAAGGCAAGACAAAAAAGAAAAGAGUCGCGCCCCUAUCGCGGCCAAACUUCUUGCUAAUUUAAUAUCUGUAGCGGGAGCGGAUCACGUUAUCACCAUCGACUUGCACGCGUCACAAAUCCAGGGAUUCUUCAAUAUACCAGUAGAUAAUCUGUAUGCGGAGCCUGCAGUUACCAAAUGGAUUCAGGAAAAUAUUCCAGAAUGGAGGAGCAGCGUGAUGGUGUCCCCGGACGCUGGGGGAGUAAAGCGGAUGACAGCGAUCGCUGACAGACUCGACAUCGACUUUGCAAUCAUCCAUAAAGAGCGUCAACGAGCGGUAGAGACAGACGAAUCCACCGUUCUAGUCGGGGACGUGAACAACAGGACGGCCAUCAUGGUCGACGACUUGGCAGAUACUUGCGACACUAUCGUCAAAGGAGCGCAAAAAUUGCGUGAAGCUGGUGCCAAUAAAGUGUACGCUAUUGUGACUCACGGUGUACUAGCAGGAAAUGCCAUUGAGAAGAUAAACAAUUCUAGUUUGGAAGCUUUUGUCAUCACCAACACGAUUCCUCAGGACAAGCUGAUGAAAAUUUGCCCCAAGCUGCAAAUCAUAGACAUUUCAAUGAUGCUGGCGGAGGCUAUUAGGAGAACGCAUUACGCGGAAUCCGUUUCUUAUUUAUUCACAAACGCGCCCUACUAGGGUUAAAUUAUAAUUAAUAGGUAAUUAUUAUGUAGGUAACUAUGUACCUACCUAUUUAGAAACCUCCAUAAUAAAUUUAAGAAUUAAUAAAAUAUAUGACAUUAACUUGUGUUUUGAUGCCUAUGAUAGCAACCAAUAAUACUACAACACAAUGGUUAAUAAUUUACUUCAUUUUAUUGUUGUAUAAUAAGUAUUAGUUGGAUGAAUAAAGAUCUAUCUUUAUUUAUCCAAACGUAAAACUCGAGUUUUGACACGCACAAGUUUCAGUUAAAAUCUAUAAAAAUGCCAUUGGGUGAUCGGUCAAGAAAGCCCGAAAUUACUCACAAUGAAAGCCGCAGGGAAAUUCAACAAUUUCCUCGUCAACGGAUUCUUACGGUGACUGUCCAAAUAUACGAGUUAGCAAAUGACCCAUUCUCCUGCUGAUGAGGGCGCUUUUGAGAAUGCCUAAUUAAAAGCUGCAAAUUAAUAUCUCUCUGACACACUAAGUACCUAUAUAUGUAUAACUGUCGAUGUUAUGUGUUUCUAAUACAUUCACAAAAUUCAUAAAAUUAGGCAUGUGGUAUGCAAGUAUUAUACCUAAAAGAUUUUAUUUUAUGUUCAUAUGCAUAUGACAUUUCAUGGGGUGAUUCUGAUGCGUAAUACGAAGUUAUAGCUAAUUU